CCUCCCUUCCCUGAAUCCCCGUUCCCUCACCUGUAAUGGCUGAUGGAAACUGGUCAGAAGAGGUUUUUUAGAUCGUGCUUGCGUGAGCCCGUCAUAGGAUAGUCAGCCCUUCUGGUCACCAUUGUAGCUCCGAUGGUUCAGCGUUCCCCAGUGUGCUAAUUAUCCGCAUUAGAUUUGCCGGAUGGGGUUUCGGGAGCUUUUCUGAUUCGCUCGUUUCGUGGCCGACUCUACACCAUUCUUUCGCCAGUCUUCGCUACAUACAUUUUCGUUUCGCUUAGGCGACGGAAAUGAGCCGAAUGGUGAUUUAUUGAUCCACAUGCUUUGGUUCCGCCCGCGAAUCAACAUUUCUAACCGUCUUGAACCGACUCAAGCACUCUCCGCUAUGACUCCGCGUGUCUUGUGCUAGUGCGAAAGCACCUGAGGCCAAGGAGAUUCAAUCUUCCGGAGUGCCACGUCAGCAUGGGCCAAUCGCAGUCGUUGUCGCUGGUGGAGGCGGCGGAGCUGGUUCGCCAGCAGCUCUCUGCUGACGUGUUCGUCUCCCAUUUGCUGGCCGUCGAGCCGCACUCCUGGCGCCGCCCGGCCUUGCCGCACAGCGGACUGAUAGUGUGCGAGGUGGAGGUGGAUGAGAAUGGAGUGCCCGUGACCUCGUCCAAAGACUACGUCCCCACUGAAAGACCUGGCCGCUCCCAGCAGUUUCUGCUCCAGCCAAUCAGAUGCCAGAACGGGGGCAGCUGCCGCUUCUGCCACUCCCAGGGCUUCUCUGCAGCAGCAGGGACGCUGGGUUCUCUCCCUCUCUCCUCCUCCCUUCCCCCGCUACAGUCCUCUUCCUUGCCUGCGUCUUCCGAACCUGACACUGCCAAACCUGCCGCCACACCUGCCGCCUCCGAACCUACCACACCCGAGUCUACCGCCUUCGAACCUGCCGCCUCCAAACCUGCCGCCUCCAAACCUGCCGCCUCCAAACCUGCCGCCUCCAGGCCUACCGCCUCUGAACCUGCCUCCUUGCUUGCAAAUACCACCACCAGGGAUGGUGCUGGAAAGGUUGGUUCGAGUGAGGAACAGAAAGAGGAUCACUCUCCCUCUGCCAUAGGUCCCUCUCACUCUCCCUCGCCCAUAGACCCCGAUUCCCUCCCCCUCCUCCCCCUCCCGGAAUACGUCUGCAGUCUGGGCUCGGACCCUGCUGUUCACUUCGACCAUACUGCCCUCCCUCCUGCUCUCCCUCCUUCUCUCCCUCCUGCCCUGCCUGAGCCCACUCCUUCCUCUACAGUCACACCGGCUACAGUAACCUCGGGUAUAGUCACACCUGGUAUAGCAGCACCAGGUACAGUCACGAUAGGCAGCUUGGGCAUACCUGCUACAGUCACCUCUGGUAACCACCACCAGCAGCAGCAGCAGCAGCAGUGGACGAGCCUGGCAGGAGCGGCCAAUCGGUGCUUUGCAGUGCGAGCCAAUAAGACGGCGCCACGUCUGCAGUAUUGCCGAUGCAGCAUCAGCAGCUCUUGUAGUGGGGGUGGGGGGUGCAGUGGGGGAGGUAGGGUUGGCGUACCUAACCAGUUUCCAGACCAGUUUCCGAACCACUUCCCGAACCAAGGCAGAAGACCCGAUGCUUGCUGCGACGUGGAGUGGGCCGUGGCUGUAGCUGCCAGGCUGGCACCCAAUCUAACGUGGACUCAUGCCUCUGCCAGGUCACUAUCUGCAGUCGUGGCAUCCCUAUCUGUUCGGGAGGGGCUUGUAGCGGGUACCAGUGAUGUGACUGUAUCGAAGGGCAGGGCGCCUAUUGUAGAUGUGCUUAUAUCAAAGGAGAGGGAGCCUAUAGCGGAAGAAAGAGGGCCUCUGUUUAAUCACAGUGACUCUGAUGGGGGGAGCUUUUCCUUUGGUACUCAGCGGGAAGGGGGAGGGGAAGUGAAGGAAGGAGGAGACAGGGAAGGAGAUGAGAGGGUGGGAGAUGGGAGGGAAGGAGAAGAGAAGAUGGGAGAAGGGAGGGGAGAAGAAGGGAGACGAGGAGUCCCUGAAGAUUCACCUGGGAAUUCACCUGAAGGUUCACCUGGGAAUUCACCUGACGAUUCACCUGAGAAGUCGCCUGAGGAUUUACCUGAAGAGACACCGCCUGAAGUUAAGAGCACAGGGGUGUUUGAGGCUUUGGAAUUCGGGGAGGUGGUUGGGGAGGCGAGGAGGGGUAGAGAGGAGGACGGGGAGGUGAGAAAGGGUGGAGAGGUGCAAAGAGUUGGGAGCAUGGAGGCGGUAGGUGGAGCGGGGGAGGAGGCGAGUGAGAGAGAGAAGGUGAGUGAGAACGAGAAGGUAAGAGAAGGAGAGAAGACGAAUGAGGGAGAGAAGGUGCAGAAGAGCUCUGCCUCGAAGCCGCCUCUUGCCCCAACUGCCUCCACACGAGCAGCAGUAACAGCAGAAGCAGCAGCAGCAGGCGUAGCAGGCGCUGCAGCAGCAGCAGCAGCAGCAGAAGGUGCCAGUGACUUGGCGCCCAAAGCCCCCUCUCUUCGAAUCUGGGUGCCUGAAGAUGAGCAGCAGCAGCAGGAGCAGCAGCAGCAGCCAGAAAACCAGCAGUUAGAGCAGCAGCAGCAGCAGCAGCAUGAGAAGGAAUCUGACCUACUGCCCUUCCUCUCACCCUCCUCCUCCUCUACCCUUCCCGCCUCCUACUUCCCCUCCUCCACCUCAUCCGCCUCCCCCCUCCAACUCACUUUGGACAACAUCUUUUGUCCUGUAGCGGCAUUGAAAUCUACCGCCCAAUCCUCCAGCCAAUCAGGGACCACCCUCUUCUUCCUGUACCCCGCCGUCCCCUUCACGCUGGCUGGCGUGCUUCGGCACAGCCCCGAGGCGCUACGAGACGAGUUUGCCGCCCGGCUGGUCGCGUUUGGAUUCUUGCAAGGGGUGGCGGCGGCCCACGCCCUCGGGAUCUCCUGCGGGGCGGCAGUGCCGCCCAAUAUCGCACUCUCGGCGAAUCUAUGGCCGAGAUUGAUCCUGGGGGGAGAUUUCUGGGGGGGGUUGGAGGGGGAGAGGAAAGGAGGAGGGGGGGAGGAGGUGGAGGUGGGGAGGAGAGGGGAGGGAAGAGCAGAGGCGGGGGAGAGAGUUGAGACAAAAGGGGGAGAAGCAGCAAAAGACGAGGACACCUGCUCUUUUACAGGGAGAGAGAAACAGCACACACACAGGGAGCCCCCUCUUGUACCUGUAUCUUUUACCCCACAGCGGGCACUUGCCGCUGCUCUCCCGUUCGGGGAACUCCUGGGGAAGUGGAUGGCUUGGGAGAUAUCCAACCUGGACUACCUUCUGGAGCUGAACCGGAUAGCAGGGAGAAGGAGCGGCGACAGGGACUUUCACGCGGUGAUCCCGUGGGUUAUCGACUUCACAGUCGCUCCCUUCGAGGCCCCUGCUUCUCUGUCUUCUUCCUCUUCUGCUUCUGACAAGGCUGCUUUUGAUAUGGAUAUGUUGAUUGAAAAGGCAAGCACAGGCGAUUCUCCUGCUGCUGCUGGUUCACUGGCUGCGGCUGCUGCUGCCGGUGCUGCUGCAACCACCAUUCCCCCCCCCAAGGGCUGGCGCAACCUGCGCUUAACUAAGUGGCGGGCGGUAAAAGGCGACGAGCAGCUCGAUUUCACCUACUCCUCCUCCGAACUGCCGCACCACGUGGCCGAGGAAUGUGUCUCUGACGUCGCAGUCUGCAUGUACGCCGCCCGGAAACUCCCUCUCUGGAUACUUAGACGGAUUGUGCGCACGGUUUUUGAGCCCAAGGAGUAUCCGAGCACCAUGGGGAGGAUGUACAGGUGGACUCCCGAUGAGACCCUGCCUGAAUUUUUCUUCGAACUUGCCCUGUUCCGGUCACAACAUGCCAGGCUGCCCGACCUGGCGCCGCCUGAUUGGGUGGAUGGGUUUGCGGGCAGUGCUGGGGUAGUGGGGGAGAAGGGAGACAGAGAAGGAGUGAGAGGAGGAGUGAGAGAAGGAGAGAGAGAAAGAGAAAGAGGAGGAGAGAGGGAAGGAGAAAGAGGAGGAGAGAAAGCAGGAGAAAGGGGAAUGAAUGUGGAAGGAGGACCUUGUGGGUUUUCUGAGCCUUCUGGAAUGAAAGCAGAAGCCGACCCUGCAAUUGUGAUGGACGGCGACGAUCUGAUCCUGCGAAUCAAGUCCGAUCGCGUGCACCGCUUCCUCGCGCUCCACCGGGCGGCACUGGAGGGCGAUUUUGUCUCUUCUGAGCUUCACCAUUGGAUUGACCUCACCUUUGGCUUCUGCCUUGCUGGCGACGCAGCAUUGGCUGCCAAGAACGUGGUUCCCCCGCCGGCCAAUGAGGAGGCGCCACGUGGCCAUGGGAGGUGCCAGCUGUUCGUGCAUCCACAUCCCCAGAGGGGCCCCAGGCCGCCUGGGUUGAUGGGAGGGGGAGGUGGAUGGGGUGAGGGAGCGGCAGGAGGGAAGGGGCCAAUAGUACGUGGUGGGGGUGACUUGCAGCACCCUGCCACUGCUGCUGCUGCUGCUGCUGCCCCUGCCGUUGCCCCUGCUCCUGCCCCUCCUGCAAUCAGCCUCACUUCCACGCCCUCUGUCGCUCUCCCUCCUCCAUCUCCCCUCCCCACGCCAUCCUCCCCCCGCCCCUUAUCCUCCCCCCGCUCCCCCUCCCCCUCCCCCUCCCCCUCCCCCUCAUCCCGCCCCCCCCUCUCAAUGUCUCGCACCCUCCAGCAAGUGGAAGAUUUCUCACGAUUCCUCGAAUCCACGCGCCACCUGUCGCCCAUCUAUUGGCCACCUCCGGAGAUCCUCGCCCCUCCUCCUCUCUCCCCAAGAGGAGAUGGUACCAAUGGUGGCGUGACAAGCGGGAAUGGGAGUGAUGAUGCCAAUGGUGGUGGUGGUGUGAGUGCUAACGGUUCUCCUGUCAGUGCUACUGUGGUCGACAGACCUGGUUCAAAGGAGGAGAAGAAGGACGAAUUGAGGGAAGGGGGAAAAGAUAGGCGGUGUGUAUCCUCCCCAUGCACCUGUUGGCCAGAAGAUAUUUUCGUCGCCGGCUGCGUGAUCGCCGAGAUCUUUCUCCGCCGCCCGCUUUUCGACCCCGACUCAGCGCACGUCUUCGCCACGGUCGGCAGUCUGCCGCCCGCUUUCUACGACCUCCCAAGCUCCAUCCAACCAGUAAUCCGAGGCUUGGUAGAUCGCAACCCUACUCGCCGCCCAACAGCCGCUACAGUCCUCGCGUCGUCUUUUUUCAGUCCAGCGGUCCGGUCGGCCCAUGCCUUCCUAGCCUCGCUGCAUUCGCUCCCCUUCCCGAGCCAGCGGCUCGCGUUCGCCGCGUCCCAAGCCAAGCACGGAGGCUUGGGGACGAAGCUGCGGACGCACGCGAUUGGCCGGAGCAGCAGCAGCGGGAGAAACAGCCAGGAGCGGAUGGAGGGGUUGAAAGACCAGGAAGGGGGGGAUGGGAGGGUGAUUCGAGAGGAAGAGGUAGCCCUCUGGGUGUGUGCAUGCGAGGUGGUAACCCUACUGCAGCAACCAGCCUUAGACCUAUCAGAUCCUGGCGUCCAAGCCCACAUUACAGGGGUUCUCAAUGGCUUGUUACACCCCAGCAAAGGUCUGGGAAGGCGGGCAAUAGUGGCUCUCCUGGUGCCUCUCUCAGUGAGAGCUAUUGAGGCCAACGAACCCAAGGGGUUGAAUGAGAUAGUAUUUCAAGAGAAGGUGUGGGGCAAGCUUACCACGUCCAUAGGGUUACCAGAGUAUAUAGAGCGGUUACAUCCAUCUCUCCUCCGCUCCUCGCUCUUCUCCCUCCCAACCACCACCCCUUCUGCUGCUUCUUCCUCCUCUUCCAUCUCCUCCUCCUCCUCCUUCCCCUCCUCCGCCACCUCUUCAUCCUCCUCCUUUCCCCCACCUCUCCUCGACCGAUCCAAAUCUGCCGCGUACGCUCGGUCCGGACCUGCGUCAGCGGCUCGGUCCAAGCCUGCUCUGCUGUUCCGGUCCGGAUCCGCGAUCGUACGGUCAGGAUCGGCCGGAGCGCUCCACAGCACUCCCUGUGCUGCUGCAUCUACGGCUCUGGUGGAGUCAGUGGCACUGCUGCCUCUCCCUAUCACCAUCAGCCAGACCAUCGCUCCACUCAUCGCUCACAUCACCAGGGGACCGCUGCAGCACGCCUCGCACAUCCACGACCUUUUCAUUGACAUAGCCUCAAAACUUGGAGAGAGGGCAGCAAAGCGGCACUUGGUGCCGCGGCUGCAGGCAGCGUUAGCCCAUAUGAAGAUGAGUGAGGAGCAGAGGCAGCAGGGGGGCGGGGGAGGCGGGAGAAGGAGGCGACUGCUGGACGUGGGAGGGGACGAGGAGAGGAGGGAGCUCCUGGCGGGGAUUCUCACGGGCGUGUAUGAUUUAUUCGCUAUGGCCGAGGAUCACGAGGCGGGAGCAGCACACGACCUUGCUACUGCCAGCACCACCACCAGCGACACCACCGAAACAGAAUUUGCUGCUUCUGCUGCUGCUGCUUCUGCUUCUACUGCUGCGGAGCCAUCAGCAGAACCAGCAGCAGCAGAAGCAGCAGCAGCAGCAACAGCAACCAUGCCAGGGCUGCCAGCUACUGCUCUUGACACGAUUCCCUCUGCUGUUGACCCUCCUUGCACUGGUGCCAAAGCUGCUACAACAUCCCCAUCAGACCCCACUGCUGCUACAGCUGCUACAACCGCUGCAGAUGCUACAGCCGCUGCAGGUGCUACUGAUGCUGCUACUACUGAUGCUGCUGCAGCUGAAGCUGCCACUGCUGCUGCUGCUGCUACAGCCGCACCAGCUACAUCCUCCGAAUCCCCCAAGCUCGCUUCUACGGGGGGGAACUUAUCUAAGCGCCUGGGCAUGGUAGCAGCGGCUCUCACCCCCUCCUCCCUGCUCUUAGACGGGUUCGGAUGGUCCCUUCCCAUGCCCACACUUAAUAAGUCACCCUCUCACUCCCGCACUGUCAGCGCCAGCUCAUCAGCGGAAGAUUCCCGGGUGCUUCUUUCAGGCGGCUCUGGCGGCACCGCUGCUGCUGCCAAUCUCCCUGCCGCCGCCACUGCGAGCAACAGCCAAUCCCGGCUUUCCACGUCAGCCGAAUUGCUGCCCGAGGUUCACCCGGGCAGCCCGGAGGGAACUUCAUCCCUGCCCGAACCGCCGGAGCCGUGGUUUUGGCUCCCCGAGAAACGUCUUGAUGCCCCUCCUGAUGAGGAGGGGUGGGAUGUGGGGAGGAGGCUCGGAGGAGGAGGGGGCGGACCGGGGGGGAGUACUCCCAGCUUAUCUAGUAUGAGCGCUGUUUCGUCUCUUUCCGGGGGAGGUUCCAACUCGUGGAUGGCUCGCGACCGGGAGGAGUCCCAGCCCGGGUGGCAUCUGAAUUUGUCUGUACUCCGGUCUUGGCCGGCGCAUAACGGACCUGUUACGGGGUUAGCAGUUUUGGAGAAUGAGGAGGCUUUUGUGACUAUAGGGAGGGGAGGGUUACUGCCAGAAGGGAGUGAGGGGGGGGGAGGGGGAGGGGGCAGAGAAGGGAGAGCAGGGGGGGGAGGACGGGCUGGGAAAGGCCGAGGGGGAGGAGGAGGGGGAGAGAGGGUUCGGGUGUGGGAUGUGGGGUCUGGGGAAUGCACCUUAGAAUACUCAGGCCACUCCGAGGUGCCUCUAGCAGUGUGUGCGUUACAAGGCACCUCGUUAGUAGCAACAUGCGAUGAGGUGAUCCACAUUUGGGACUCAUCCACAGGCGAGCUCCUCUCCCUCUUCGAAGAACCCCCCUCCUCCCUCGCCUCGCAUCUCCAGCAGCAGCAGCAGCGGGAGCAGCAGCACCACACGCACCACUCAGCCUCCACCCCCACCCUCUCUGCUGCUGCCGCCGCGGCAGCUGCCGCAGCAGGAGCGGCAGGGAACCCGCUGGCUUAUUUCUCAUCCUCCCCUCGCCUCGCCAUGCCGAUUGGUCAACUGCCCGAUCAAUCCCAGUCUUUCGACCCCUCUGCUUCUUCCUCUAUCUUCUCCUCCUUUGCAGCAGCAACAGCAGGGGUAGCAAGCGCAAUCCCCGCAUCCCCUCGCAUGUCCUCCUCUCUCUUCUCCUACCAUCCCUUCUCCUCCCUCUCCUCCCUCUCCUCUACCCCAAGAUCCCACCCCUCCCCGCACUCACUAUCCGCCUCGGCUCUCCCGGACCUCGGCGGGCCAGGCUCGGGAGACGGCUCAGGGGGAGGCUCGGGAAAGCCUGGAACACCAAGGCAUGGGAGGGGGCGCAGUUUCAGUAGUCCUAUGACGUCUUGCCGAUACACCUCGCUGCUCUUCCUGGGGCCAGCAGGGGGGAACAGGCUCGUUGCGGGCACGUCAACUGGGUGCAUACGACUCGUGGACAUGUGUGCGGGCCGCCUUCUAUCCCUCUGGCAGUGCGGUCUAUCUGAACCCUUCUGCACGCCUGUCACCGCCCUUGCCUCUGCUGCCACUACCACCUCCACCUCCUCCUCCUCCUCCUCUGUACAAUCCCGCCGCUCCUCCCCCUCUCAUCCCUCCUCCUCUUCCUCCUCCUCCCGCUCCCCCGUUUCUACCAAGUGUGUUUCUGUGGGGUACCACUCGGGACACCUGGCGUUCCUUGAUUGGACAACAGGGAUGGUGGUGGCGCGGGUGAAAGCACACUCGGGGAGAGUCACAGGGCUCGUGCCAUGUGGCGAGUAUCAACUGCUGUCAUCAUCCACAGACUCCACAAUAGCCCUGUGGGAUAUCAGAAGAGCUGCUGACGUGGCAGCAGUGGAGAGGGUGGUAGCCCACACGCAAGGCAUCACUGCGAUGGUAGCUCUCACCCCCACCAUGCUCACCCCCACCUCGGGGGGAGGUACAUCUGGGGCAGGCGGAGGAGGCCUGGGCGGCAUGGGCGGCGUUGGAGCGGAUCUUAUGCCACCCAGCAUGACCCUGGGCCGUGUGGUGAUGACAGCAGCAGGGAGUCAUAUCGGUGUGACGAAUGUCUCAGGAUUGUCGCAGGCUGCGAAUGCUCGGACCCGUGUCAAGUUCUCGAGUCAUGAGCUUGUCGUUCGCUGGCCGCCUCCCCCCUCUGACACCAAUCUACCAUACCAUGCACAACAAGUGAUUGACAACAUUCAAUCCUCUAGGUCGACUCCCAUAUUUUCGUUGGAUGUGCUUCCCUUCUCCCGCCUCUUCCUUGCCGGAGGCGAGGAUGGCAUAGUUCGUUUAUGCAACUAGCUCCACAAGGAAUAUUGACUACAAUUAAUGGAAGCACAAUAAGGCUCUUCCAUGAACUCUAAUGAAUAAAUCUAGUGCUA